AUGUCCCUGGGAGCACAGAUGAUCGUGGUUGCAAAGGCAAACGACACCAACUUUGGUCUUUACGUUGCAGUCUACAUAAAGGACAUUGAAUGUGCCUUGACAAUAGCCAAGAAACUGGAGUCUGGAACUGUGGGAAUUAACUACACUAGCCCAACUUCUGCUCAUGAUAUGCCAUUUGAAGGAUAUAAGAGCAGUGGGCUCGGUAAGGAGGGAUGGACUGUCAGUCUUCACAUUUUCCUUGAGAUGAAAACCAUUUUGAUGAAGGAUAACGAUGUUUGA